AUGAUCGAUGACACCUCAGCGUCCAUUGAGGUUGAUCUCUCCCAUCUUUCUAUUCCAUCUGAUAUUGAGCAACAUUUUACCAUUGAUGAUAUUCCUCCUUCCCAAUGGCGAGAAAGCCCUUGUCUAUCAAGCAAUGAAACCUCUUCUGAUGAAGAUCUGUUUAUGCUUCAACCCUCUGAUGAACUUGUACUGAUGAAUCAACCCCACCCUUUAGCUCGAGUUCAAAUCCUUUUUGACAAAUAUUCUCAAACUCUUGCUGUUAUUGCCUUAUUUGAUAUUGGGGAUGCUGUUUGUAUCAUCAAUCCGUCCCUUCUUCCUGGUCCACACUAG